AUGAGUCAGUCCGUCACCACAAAAGAACUGGACGAUAUCCACGAUCAUUGUAUAAAAGCAAAAUUAGAUCCGCUUGACGAUGCCCUAGGUGAGAGUUUAAUAAAACGUGGCCUGGGUCGUUUGGAUCGAGUUUUGGUCAAGAUAAACGAACUACGAAAGAAGUCAACAAAAUCUGCACUGCCAAAUAAUGACAAGGAUCUUGUAAUCAAAGAUUGGGGCUUUGUGGAUAAGUACUAUGAAGAUCAUGGAUCAUUGAAUUGGGAAACAAUUUUUAAACUUGGUAAAGCAAAAGGUCUGUUUGCUAAUUAUUCAAAAUGGACCAGUGCCAGUAUUUGUGUUCAUCUCAGAAACUUUAACAUUUUGGCACAAACCAAUAAGGCCUACCUAAUGACACAAUAUGAUCUCAUCCCAUUUCUGGUCACUACUGCCGAUUGGUACCAGUGCAUACAUCUUUCAAUCUAUCAGAGACGUUUAAUAUAUGUUGUUUCUACUACGAGCAACAAUCGCAGCCUUAAAUUCUAUCAGACAUACUGGCAACAAGAUCAGCUCCAAACUUUGGGUCCAUCUGGUCCCAUUCCUUUGAAAAACAGGCCUUGA